GUCGACCGCACACUCACACAGGAAACGUAUAAAAGCCGCGCGAAGCUAAAUAGCGAAGGUAAAAGCUAAGCUCAGUGCGCCGCGUAAUUCGGUGGCAAAGAGAUCGUCACGCUCGCACAAAUAAAUGACGGAGCGUGUGCGCCCGAUUCGAUUUCGCGGAGUAAACACACAUUUUGUAUGUAUGUAUGUACGUCUCGCGCCAUCGUUCAAUUACUCUGUUAAUUGUGUUGUCGGAUGAGGCAAUACAACGGAGCACCUUAUCGGGCGGAGGAAUAUUGCACAUUCGACCGAUUUAACGCGAAGAAAAAGAGAGAAAAAUGACGGCCGCUCGCGUGCGUGGGAGCGUAUGAGGGGAAAAAAUCGCUCGCGCGAGUCAAGUUCAGAGUGUGAGUCUCGGAGAGAAUGUCUCCUUUCCAAGAGCGUUCUCCCCGAAAUUUCGGAUCAAUUGAAAUCGAAAUUGUGACGUGUUCGCGCUAACUGUUGUAAUCGAUCGCCUCUCAUCGAUGUAAAAUUGUUCCGUUAUCGGCAUAAAUGAUAAUGCUCGCUUCGCUCACGAACAGCGUGUGACUUAUUCUCGUGAUUUGUGAGAGAUCGCGUCAUCGUUAAAAUCGUCAUGAAGUGGAAGAGGGGACCGUGCGAGUUUCUAUCGGAGAAAACGUUCCUCAUAAUAAAAGAUGACUUGAGGAUUUUGAAAGGCGCGGCAAAGACCGACAGAAGAGCCGCAACGAAAAAUGCAGCAAACACCGGUACUUGGCCGCCGAAGAUGAAACGCUCCUUCUGCGAGGAACCGGAGCGGCCCAAAACGGCGAAUCUGGAGAGGCCGAGCGUGCUGAAUCCCAAACUGGCGGACAAGCUCGACAUGUCGCUGCUCAGCAAAGAGCUGCUGUGCGAUUCGAUGACGCACUACCACCGGACCAGGUCGUUAGCGGCGGCCAGUGGGGGCACGACGUCGUCGUCGUCGUUAUUGUUGUUACCGUCGCCGUCGUCGACGCGACGACGCCAGAACGCCGCCGUCACCGGUGACGCGCGACGCACUUGGCCCCGCGACGACGUUCCAGUGCGUCGAGCACAGCAACGGAGUUUCGAGCAGAUAUACGAGCCGCGGAUCUGCCAGAUGGAGAUCGGCCCGCGAUCGCCCACCGAAGGUCAGAAGACUUUGCAGGAGCCCGUCAGGAGGCUCGACGAUAACAACAACAGAAACGGUCCUCCCAAAGUGCUGUCCACGGUGAAGAAGAAGAAUUCGAGGGCCGGUAUACCCAGCGAUCUGGAGAUCUUCACGAACGCUUCGUCGAGGAGCGCGCCGGAACCCUGUAAAACCUGCGGACGGCCGGAUCAGCCGGAGAGAUUCCACAGUCAUCCGAAGGGCAGUCAGACCAAGAUCAAGGACAUUCCGACGGCGACGAAGCUUACGAAGAGCGCGCCGGUACCGAAGUCCGUUCAAAAGCCGGUGGCCCUGAAUUUCCGUAGCGACAGGAACAAGAAUCGCUCGGAGGAGAUCGAGAUGAAGUCGAUCAGUCCUCGGGACGUCAGGCCGUCGACUGCGGCGAAACGGGGCCCGAGAACGUGCUACAUCUGCGGCCGGGAAUUCGGCACCGCCAGCUUCCCCAUACACGAGCCCAAAUGCAUGGAGAAAUGGGAGCGUGAAAACAACGCGUUACCUCCGUCCCAGAGACGGCCGAGACCGCAGAGACCCGUGGUCGGGAUCGAGCACACCGAAUGGAACGCAGCCGCAUGGGAACAGAGUCAGGUGCAACUGGUGCCGUGCGCGAAGUGCGGGAGGACGUUUCUGCCGGAACGCUUGCCGGUCCACGAAAGAAGCUGCAAGGCAAUACCGAAGAAUAACGAGUCGAAGCUCGAGAGAUCGGCAACGUCGAACGCGCGCUCCGUCGGUCCGCCCACGGUUCCUUGUAAGGUGUGCGGCCGAAAAUUCGGCAGCAGAAGUAUCAAGAUCCACGAACCUCAGUGCAACAGACGAUGGCAGGCGCAGAACGAAUCGUCAGCUGGCCGGGAGAGCCCACCGUCGACGUAUCCGGACUUGUCGCAGAAGAAGACUAUUACGUGUUACAUAUGCGGCAGAGACUUCGGCACGUCUAGUAUCGCUAUUCACGAGCCGCAGUGUUUGAAGAAGUGGCACGCCGAAAACGACAAAAUGUCGCCGGCACGAAGACGAAAAGAGCCGCAGAAACCUGAAGUCGUAUACAUACGUACGAUUCAUUCGGCAAUGAUGACUUCAAUGUUCGCAGAGGAUCCCGGAACGGGAGAUAUGGUGGUCGAUCAGGCGGCGACGGAGGAGGCCAACUGGAUGACGCAUCUGAGCCAGUUGGUGCCGUGCAAGCGUUGCGGCAGGACUUUUAAUCCUGAUCGCGUGAACGUCCACGAGAAAAGUUGCAAGGGGAAUCAUUAAGUGUGGAAAGUUGACACAAUUUCGCAAUUUUGCCAAGCUUGAAUCUGGAUAUUCGCGUGCAUCACGUAUAACGUCAGAGAUGGAAAACCGGCCAAUGUCGGUUUCAAAGCUUGGCUAAAAAAAAUGUUCGUUACACCAAUUUGCCUAUUGCUUUAAGAUGGUUUUCAUCAAACUCGAUUUAAUCGAUUUCGCAGUCAAGUAUCGCAUGCUUUUUUACUAAAGGAGAAAUUGUUCAUUUCUCAGUUAGCAUCCGAUGAGAGCAUUUACGUGCAAACGACGCGGAAUCUACGUAAGAAAGUCAGUUCCACGGAUGUUCUCACGGGGUAUUGGAGAACAAAUGAUAUAGCUGAAGAUUAAUUUGGGAAAUUCUACAGAUUGCACAUCGCUUAGCUUGUAAUUGGAGCUUGAUGAAAAUCGCCCUUGAUAUCUUAGAAGCCGACCUUUAAUCCGAUAUGAACUUGUGUAAUUGUGAGAAAAUACUUAAAAUAUCACGAUAAUCGAAUACUAUCAGGGAAGAUUGAUAUCUGUGUUUUCGUAUGGAGACUGCAAGUCAAUCCAAAACUUGGCGACAGUUCAUGCCAGUGUUCAUACCGGUUCACAAUUUGAUUCGACUCGAAUUAAAGCUUGUGACGAUCGAUCGGUUACUUACUUUGUGUACGUAUUUACAAGUUCAAAUUAACUUGAUUUCAUGUCAGUCCUAUAGAAUCGUGAUAUACUACGCUUAAAUCAUUGAAAGUAAAGAUAACCAAAGUAGACUUUUUAAACACGACACUCAGCGUGCACUCGCGUGAACAUGAAUGUUAGCUUAUUGAUAAGUGCCGUGCAUAACAGUGGUGUGUAACGCACGUUAGUCCUUAGACGAAAGUUAAUUUAUUUAAUUAUUGUAUAUACGAGGUGUGUUCGCAGAGCCACCGUCACUUCUAUUGAAUCCCUUUGUCGACAUUGUAUUGAGAUUUGAUUGAGCGACAAUUUUCAGCAUCGAGUGUCUUUGUAACUGAUUUGAAUGAAACUUUUGUAAAAUAAAUUCUACUCGAGGGGAACGAAAA